CAGAUAUGGCCAUGAGCAGCGGGUCACCAGCUAUGAUGCGGGGUUCCUACAACACUGGCCAGAUGGCUCCCACACCACAAACAGAGUGUGAGUGUUGGUGCCAGCCACAAGGCUCCCAUGCUGGGCAACCAGACUCAUGUGCCUUGUGUAGGGGUUGAUGUGUGCCCCUCAGCUCCCAUGCCAGGCAGCCAUCCCCUUCCUAGCAGUGGUGUGAAUCAUAUGGACCCUGGUGGGCAAGGAAUACAGCAGGGAUCUGGUGACACUUCUCAGACACAAGCACAAUCUCAAAGAAACACUGCCUUCUUUUGCAAAGUUGGGUGUGAAACUGUCCAAGAAGUUGUCAUGAGGACUUGUGAAGUUUUUACUCAUCUAAAGAAUGUUCAACUUCCAAAUGGCACGGCACAAGCAGCCCAAGUGAGCAAUGAGAAGAAAGCAAGGAUUCAAGACAAUUUAAAUGCUAUACAGCGACAUUUCAAGCCUCUCCGAGCAAUUUACACCAGGGUCAAUGAUGACUGUGCAGGAAUGGAGUACACCCACAUAGAGAGCCUUAUUCCUUAUAAGGAUGAUGGUGAUAGCAGAGCAGAUCAUAAGAAGAUAGGAGAUAACUAUCGUUGUUUGGUGGAAGAGGCCAGGGAGCUGAAAGAGCAACUCUACUUGAAGGCACGCUACAUGAAGGAAAUCAUUGACCAAUUACGCAAGAUAAUCUGGGAGGUUAAUACCAUGCUGGCUAUGAGUAAUACUUAACAUAAUUUUAGAUAGAAAUAGAAAAAUUUAGGUAGUUUUAUAUAGAAAUAUUGAGAUAGUUCUUUUGAAAUACUACUUUUCUCAUUAAAUAUUUCUAACAAGUAAA